AUGAUUGACAGCGGUGCAAGCCACAAUUUCAUAGACCCGUCAAAUCUAAGCAAAACUCAUUUAUCUCCAGCUAAGAACCGCAAUCUAGAGAUUCUGUUGGGCACAGGCAUUUCCGUUAAUGGCUCUGGCGUUUGUAAGAACGUCUCCGUGGUGUUGCAAGGGCAUGAGUUUAUGAUGAAUUUUGUCGUCUUGGAGUUAGGUAACGCAAAUAUCAUUCUCGGUGUGGAUUGGCUGAGGACGUUUGGAAAGGUUGGGUAUGACUGGGAGAAACAUGAAGUGUCAUUCAUGCAUAAAGGAGAGAUGAUUACCUUGUAUGGUGACCCGGCUUUACUAGCUCAAGGCCGAUCAUUCAAAGCGAAUCAUUCCCUGAAUUGUUUGGAGUUAGUUGGGUUUGAUAGUGAGAUUUUUGAACUCAACGAAGCAGAGGUAGUGAGAGAAGUUCCGGAGAAGAUAACAGAGGUGUUAGAGGAAUUUGUUGAGGUGUUUGCGGAACCUACACAGCUUCCUCCAGUGAGAGGCAGAGAACACAGCAUCAACCUGAUGGCGGGAACAGAUCCUAUAAGCGUGAGACCUUAUCGAUAUCCUCACGCUUACAAAAAAGAAAUGGAGAAGUUUGUCGUACAGAUGCUUGAGGCAGGGACCAUUAGACCAAGAAAAAGUCCGUUUUCCAGCCCAGUUUUGUUGGUAAAGAAGAAGGAUGGGAGUUGGCGAUUUUGUAUUGAUUACCGAGCUCUAAACAAGGUGACAAUCUCUGAUAAGUUUCCCAUCCCAGUGAUAGACCAGUUAUUAGAUGAAUUACAUGGAGCAUAUAUUUUUUCCAAGUUGGAUUUGAGAGCUGGUUAUCACCAAAUCCGUAUGCUGGAGAAGGAUAUAGAGAAGACAGCUUUUCGGACUACAAACGGACAUUACGAGUUCUUAGUAAUGCCAUUUGGCUUAACUAAUGUUCCGGCUACAUUUCAGGCGCUGAUGAAUGAGAUUUUCAGGCCUUAUUUGGGACGUUUCGUUCUGGUGUUCUUUGACGAUAUAUUGAUCUUCAGUUCAAGUGUUGAGGAUCAUGUGGAGCACCUGAGGACAGUGUUAGGGAUCUUUGUGACGCACAAACUGUUUGCCAACAAGAAGAAGUGCCUGUUUGGUCAGUCAUAA